GGGACCGCGGCGACACGCGGGGACACGCGGGGAUGGAGGGGACACGCGGAGACCUCCGGGGACACGCGGGGACCGCCGGCGACACGCGGGGAGCCGAUGUCCCCUCACUGCGUGGGGACAAUUCCCCGUCACCGACCGCACCGGGGGACACCGGCUCAGCCGUGUCCCUGCCGAGCCCCCGGGACCCCGUUGGGGACACGGAGCGCGACGAGGACAAAGUGUGCGCCGUGUGCGGGGACAGGGCCAGCGGGUACCACUUCCACGUCAUGAGCUGCGAGGGCUGCAAGGGCUUCUUCAGGCGCUCCAUCAUCAAACGCGCCCGCUUCACGUGUCCCCUGGCGCGGCGCUGCCCUGUCACCAAGACCAGGCGGCGACAGUGCCAGGCCUGCCGCCUCCAGAGGUGCCUGGACGUGGGCAUGAGGAGGGACAUGAUCAUGUCGGAGGAGGCGCUGCGGCGGCGGCGGGAGCUGCGGGGCCGGCGGGGCCAGCCCGGGGGCCAGCGGGGACAGGAGGGACAGCGCGGGGGACAGCCCGGGGGACAGCCCGGGGGACAGCCCGGGGGACAGCCCGGACUGACGGCCGAGCAGCAGGAGCUGAUCGCGCUCCUCAUCGCCGCCCACCAGCGAACCUUCGACUCCAGCUUCUCGCAGUUCAUGCACUGCUGGCCCGCCGCGCGCCUGCUGCUGCCCGGCCCGCGGGGCGCGGGUGUGGCCGCGGGGAUGUCGCCGUCGCUGUCGCCGUCGCUGUCGCCGUCUUUGUCGCCGUGUGAGGCGGCGCUGUCGCUGCUGCCGCAGUUCGCCGAGCUGAGCACCUUCAUGAUCCAGCAGGUGAUCCAGUUCGCCAAGGAGAUCCCGCUCUUCAGGAGUUUGCCGCUGGACGCCCAAAUCUCGCUGCUGAAAGGGGCCACGCUGGGGAUCUGCCAGAUCCGCUACAACACCGUCUUCAACCCCAGCACCAAAGCCUGGGAGUGCGGCCAGCGCUGCUACACCGUCCGCGACGGGGCCCUGGCCGGCUUCCAGCAGGUGUACCUGGAGCCGCUGCUCAAGUUCCACGAGAGCCUGCGGCGCCUGCGGCUGCACGAGGCCGAGUACGCCCUGCUGCAGGCCAUGCUGCUCUUCUCGCCAGACCACGCCGGCAUCGCCCAGCGCGAGGCCAUCGACCGCUUCCAGGAGAAGGUGGCCCUGACCCUGCAGAGCUACAUCGAGCACCAGCACCCCCCCAGCGAGGGCAGGUUCCUGUACGCCAAGCUGCUGCUGCUGCUGACGGAGCUGCAGACGCUGAAGGUGGAGAACACGCGGCAGAUCCUGCACAUCCAGGACCUGUCGGCCAUGACGCCGCUGCUCUCCGAGAUCAUCAGCUGAGCCCCGUGUCACCCCCCGGUCCCCGAGCGUCACCCCCGGCCGCCACCGGGCACCGAGUAAAGCUCCUUUAUUUAUCCGGGC